AUUACUGAAGAGCAGGCAAAUGCACAGAGAGCGACAGGCUCAGAACCAGCAGCUGCUGCCUUUGUUAUGACAAUGUAAAGGCACUGGGUGGAAGCAGCACCGUUAAUGUGCCUAUAAAAGAAAAGCCUGUAUGCCUUCACAUUUUUCUUUAUUCAACAAAAGGGGCAAGGAGAUACUGAGAUCUGGGUGAAGCCAAGAACGAUCGAGAGAAAAAUAAAUUUGCCCUUCCAAGCAAGCAAUGCAAGGAAGAGACAAAGGAAGGCAUAGAGGGAUGGAUUGCAUUGCUGUCAAUGACCACGGAUACUGAGAAUUUGGAUUUCUGUCUGCAGAAACGUUCGUCACCCCCCUGGGAGAUUGAAUCAACUCAUCAUUGCAUGAGGCUCACUCCAGGACAUUGUCCUAAUCUGCCAAGCCUCCCUCCUUUGGAAAAUUAAACACAAAAAAAUGGCACUGCCUGGAAAAGAUGAACGUUACAUUUUGGAAUGUUGAACUGCAACAAAGCUCUCACUCAGCUUAAUAAUAGUAAUGGCUAAAUAGUGUUUCCUGAGUUUAGCUUAUUUGAAGUAAGGCUGCUUACUUUUGAGCGGGACUUGAGUGUACAAGAUUCCAUAUUGGAUUAAGUAGAAUUUUGGCCAUGGAUCAUGCCAGCAGCAACUUGGGAUCUGAAAUCAUUCCAUCCUAUGAGGAGUACGAGUGCAAGAUAUGUUACAAUUAUUUUGACCUGGACAGGAGGGCCCCAAAACUGCUGGAGUGUCUGCACACUUUCUGCCAGGAGUGCCUAAAUACCCUACACCGCAGGGAGGAUCGCCCAUGGCGCCUCUCCUGCCCAAUAUGCCGACACCGUACCAUAGUACCAGACUCCCGGGUGGAUGCACUACCUGUAAACACAAAGGUGGCUGAGGCCUUUCCAUUAUAUGUGAGACCUGAUGACCCAUUUCCCCAGGAUAUUCUUCCUCCCAUCACCUAUCAACAGCGUGGGCUCCAGUAUCACCACAACCCGGUGGGUGGAGUACUGGUUCAUGGCUCCGCAGAGCUGCAUUACACUCUGCAUCCCGGACAAGAGGUAGCAUCAUCCACCACAACGGGCACUAGAGGACAAGGAUCAUUUUCAGGCCUAAGUCAACCGCAUUCUGUGGCUGCCCCAUCUCCCAGAAGAGGUUACGAUAGAUGCCAGAGUUGUAAGAGAGCAGUGCUGACUGCAGGAUGUGUGUGUGUUGUUUUUUCAUUUUUGGCAAUGGUGGUUUUGUUGUUUGCUGGUCUUGUGUUUGUAAAUCGUCACAGCGGAGCCCCUGCACCUUCCCCAGCAGGGCCUAUUUGCCUUUCGGUGGCCAGUGUACUGGCUCUCUUCUCAGUGGUGGUUACUUGGAUUAUCUGUUGGCUGAAAUACAGACCCGAGCCUGGGGAGGGAAGUAGGGGGUCAACAGGGAGGAGAGAUACUUGACAAUGACUAACCCAUAUUCUGCCAUUCUCAAUCUGUGCUCCCUGAUGUAAUGCUUUAUGGGCAACUCAGGAGUUAAAAUAGGCACUGAUUCCUAAAAUUAAAUAAAUGUGUCCAUAUGCAUUUUGGGUGCCAGAGCUUGAAAGAAAAAUGCACUGUACAACCUUCAGGUUCUCAAAGGGUUAAAUAUAACGUGUUAUGUGAUUUUAUGAAUAGCAACAAUCUUCUUUGUCACUGGAGUCCCACAAUCUAGCCCUUUAUAAUUGAUUCCCAUGUAUAUGCAGACAGUAGCAUUCACGUUUACUUAUGUAAGCUUUAAUGAGCAUUAUAUAAGUGAGAAAAUGUAAAGCAAAUUAUUGCUAUAAAUAAAAAAAUAUUGUUUAUAUUUGGUGAUUUACCACUAUUUAUUUCUCUUACUUAACCAUUCCCCUUCAUGUCUAUGUGCAAUAGAAAUUCCAUUAUGCAAAAUUUGUUGCAAGCACACAAAAAAAAUCAUACAGCGUAACAUGACAUUGUCAUACAUGUAAUAUGUUCCACAUGAAUGCACUGCUCUGGCAUUUAACUGGUUAAUUACAGUAAAUACAAAAUCGAUUGUGGGUCUCCUGCAACAACAAAAUCAUUUUGCCAGCUGCUGGGAGUCUAGAAACACAACACUCAACACAAUAUUGAAAUGCAUAUUAUUAUUUUUGUUCCUUUUCCAUAAUUGUUUUACAAUUUGCAUUUAUGCUGUCCAUAAAUAUGCACAUUGCUUUAUUCGAUUUUAACCCCAUGAAGUCUUAUUUGCUCUGUAUUGUCUAUAUUGACCUUAGAUUUGAAUUCUCAGUGAAUAUUUUGUAUGAGUGAGUGCUAAGCAACAACUCUAAAGUCAAUGCUUUGCUUAGCACUUUGACACUCAGAGUUAAUUUAAAAGGAUACUCUAAGCACCUUAAUAAAGUUUUAGUAUAUAGAUCAUGCCUCGGAAACCUCACGGCUCAGUUAUCUACCAUUUAGUUGUUAAAUCACGUUUGUUUCUGUUCAUGCAGCUCUAACCCCACCUCACCUGGCUGUGACUCAAACUGUCAACAUGAAAAAAUGGUUUCAUUUUCAGGCAGAUAUUACAGCACAGUGUGUUUACUUUAGAAGUUUUCCUGCUCUGUUAAUUGAACUUUAAUUGCACACACAAGCAGCUGUUAAAGGUUAUAGCAGGUUAUUAACAGAGCAUGCGAUAAUAUAUUCUAAAUUAAACAGAUUGUGUUUAAAGUAAGUUUGAACAUUAGAUUUCUCUUUACAGGAAAUGUGUAGGGAGACUAUGUAGGUCACAGGCAGGGGAGACGUGGGUCUACAUAAGCAGAGUGAUUUAACUCCUAAAAGGGAGAAUUGAGCAAUUAGACUGCAGGAACAUGAUCUAUAUACCAAAACCACUCUCUGAAGCUAACGUUUUUUGGGAAGUUAUAGUGUCCGUUUUACCAGUAUAACUAAGGGUAAAUGCCUAUGAAAAUAAGAAGAUUACAUUUUUUUUUUUUUAAAAGGACAAAAGGCACAAAUGAGCAUAAACACAAUAUGAUUUAUUUAUUAGAAUUUAUUAUUCAUGACUUGAGACUUGACUUUCUAUGUCUUUUGAUUUAUCAGGGUAUGCAUAAUUUGAUGAGCACAAUGUUUACAAACACACAUAUUUCAGGUGUUUGUACAAGCAAGCAAUAAUAUGUUGCUUUAUAAAUUAUUUUACAAUUAUUAUUCUUGUUGAACAGUUACCUAUUAAUCUUUGUUACAUUCCAGUUGAUAUUAUUGUUUAUCCAUAAGAAUAUGUAAGGGGAUUUAUUAUACAAAACCAAAAUGGUGGUGACACCCAACUUUUUAGGUUUUUAAGUAAAUAUGGCAAAGGGACCUUAUGUUUGAGCCAUUUUU